AUGUUCUUUAACUCUGACAAAGAAAAGGGUGCUAGUAGACCACCAUCCACAAAGACCGAGGAGGUCUUUAGCGAACUCGAUUAUGACUAUGCUGCCAGCGAAAAAACUGGCAUGGACACCCUUGAUCGAAGCCAAGGAUGCAGUGGUUUCAUGGCCUAUUUCAACGUUGUGUGUGUUAUUGCAGGCACUGGCACACUUGGUCUUCCAUAUGCUCUUGCCCAAGGUGGCUGGAUUGGUAUCCUUAUUCUUUGUCUUGCAUGGUGGAUGUCAACAUAUACCGGUAUCAUCCUCAUCAAAUGUCUAUACAGCGUCAAAGGACGUGCACGCAUGAUGACAUAUAAGGACGUUGCUACAGCAUCUUUCGGUUCAAUCGGUGGCUGGCUCACCUUCUUCUUCAGCGCAUGGAUUACCCUUGGUGCUCCUGUUUUAUAUAUGGUGCUCUCUGGUGCCAACCUUAACCAGCUUUGUGAAGGCACUGUCGGUGAAAUUGGUACCACACCAUGGACGAUUAUCUCAACAGCCAUCGUGGCCAUCCCAUUUGUAUUCGUCAAGACGAUGAAAGAAGUAGCAUUUAUGAGUGCCUUUGGUGCAUUCUCUACUGCCGUUGUCGUCAUUAUUGUGCUUGUUAUGGCAUGCAUCGAUCAAAAGAACAUGGUCAACGUUCACCAUGACAACGUCAUCUGGAAUCAAUUUCCUAUUGCGCUAUCAACCAUCUCAUUCAGUUUUGGCGGCAACAUUGUUUAUCCUCACGUCGAAGCAUCCAUGAAAAAGCCUAACCGAUGGCCUUGGGUAGCAGCUGCUGGUCUUGGUACAUGUGCUGCCUUGUACUUUUUGACAGCUGUUCCCGGCUAUUACGUUUAUGGCAGUGAUGUCGAGAACCCUGUGUACAACAGCAUCCCCAAAGGCGUGCCUCAAAUCAUUGCCAUUGUUCUCAUGACCAUCCACGUCCUUAUGGCAGUGCCUAUUCUCGUGACCUCAUUCUCUCUCGAUGUUGAAGAAAUGCUCGACAUCACCGUUGAACGCCUUGGCAAGUGGCGUGAAUUCUUCAUCCGAGCAGCUAUGCGUGUUGUCAUCAUGUGCGUUGUUGGUGUUCUCGCAUGCACUGUUCCUCACUUUGACUUGCUCAUGAGCUUAAUCGGAUCCUUCGCCAACUGUGGUUUGAUUCUCAUCUUCCCUGUUCUCUUUUACUUUCGUCUCACCGGUUUCCGCAACAAGCCUAUCUAUGAGAUUGCAUGGUGUGCACUCAUUAUCCUUCUUGGUAUCGUUGGCUUGAUUUUCGGUACCAUCGAUUCCAUCAAAGGCUUGAUCAAGGCUUACCAGUAA